GAUUCUGUGAAAUAUGCUCGGAAUUGUCACUGGCCAGAUUGUGUCAGUACUGCAUUGUCACGAAAGGCAAUCUUUCGCAUGUGUUUUUCAGUCUUACCUGUUUAUACAGUCAAGUCGACACUUGCAAGCUGUCUAAAGCCCGGGAUACACUGCACGAUUUUUGGCUGUCCCAGACGAAAGAUUGCCAUUGUGAAACAAUAGUGGCGAUUUCUGUGAUUGUGGCUCUUAAUCGGUGGUCCUAUGUCGUACAGUGAGAGAGGUUCAAAGACAGCUGUUUUCCCAGUUUUGCGACCAAAGAUAGCAUACGAUCAUUUUCUGACAGUGUCAGAAAUUCAGCAUGAUCAUUGCACAGUGUGUUUGCUGCUACGACCUACGUCUACUGACCAGCCAAUAAAAAUGCGACAUGAAAUCAACGCAACGCUAAAAAUUAAAACUGCUUACCUCAAGCUCUUUUCCUUUCUUCUUUCGCCGCUUCAUUUUUUUUUUUCAGCACACAUAAAAACUACAACUGCCAAAGUGUGAUUCAACAUUGUCUUUUUGUUAACUAUUACCGCAUGCUGAUGUUUUAUUCUUCUAUAGAAACUUGCAUCGUGGCCUAGGUGUCAUCAUCCUGUAGCCUACAUGCAUGUCGAAUCCAAGUUUAAUAGAUCUAUUUCGCACAGUGUGAUAAAGUAAUGAUCUUAUAGGUUUGCUAAAAUCGUGCAGUGUAUCUUGGGCUUAAGAUGAGCUUCUGUGUGACACACUCGUGCUCACAGAAAGCGCCUAUCGGUCAGCGCGUGAAUGCCAAAUUAAAUUUUCUUUCGCGUCUCAUUGUGCUUCUGUUCACUUAAAAACAAACUGUCAAAAUACCCGUCGCAGUGAGUAUUCAUGUAAACGGUCAGUUAUGACUUAAGUGAAUGUAAACAGUUGGGAGAAAAUCGGAUGUCAGUAUAUUGGAUCCGUGCAUUAGAUCUUAAAGUGACAGUAAACUAAUAAAUCUGCUGUCUAUGUCUUUAAUGAUAAUCAUAAAACAAAAGAAAAAUAAUUAUUCAAUGCUCUUGGCUGAGUAACAUUAAAUAAUGAUCAUUUAUAUUUCAUGCAUAGAGUGAAAAUUGGGGUUUAUUUUAAGUGUCUGUAUAGGCUAUUUCUGUAGUAGCCUAUACUAUAGACCUACAUGAAACAGUUUAUUCAAUUGUAUUUUUGAUAAAUAUAUUAUUUUUUUUGCUUGAACUUUUUACUUGCAUUAUUUAGGCUAAUAGUUUUUUUUCUGUUGUAAUGAAAUUACUUUAAAAAAACAAAAAAACAUGGUGACAGCUUCUAGUUUCAAAGGAAAAGGAUGUUUCUAACAUCUUUUAAGCAGUAGUUUACAUGGGUUGAAAUUCAGAAACAACAGAAAAUCCCUAGUGUUUUAUAUACUAAUUACUAUAUAUUUCCGUAUUUACCAUAGUUAAAAGCUAUAGUAUUUAUAGCUUUUAACUAUGGUAAAUACGGAAAUAUAUAGUAAUUAUAUGCAGGUAUGGCUCAUCCACACAGUAAACUUCCAAUAAUGUAAUUUGUUAAUCAUAAAUGCAUUCAAAAAUUAAACAGUUUUGUGUUGGCCCUGAGUUAUGGAAAUUACAUGUAGGACCUUUAUACACAGUGCAUGCCAUUGUAAAGACUGUACUUCUGUCCCCUCUUCUAUCCUCUUAUCACUGCAUUUUCAGCUCUUCAGGUCCCAAUAGGCUAUUCCCAUUCAUUAAGCUACCCCGAUUACCACCCCUGCCUUAAAUUUAUACAUCUGUACUGAUGAAUAAGUCAAGUCCCACCCUAUAGCCUUUUACAUUCAAAAAGCUGUUUCACUCAGAAAUGUCACAAUACAGAAAUCAAGUCAUAACUUCCAUUAUCCAUUACAUGACUUUAAGUUUGUUGAGCAGAAUACUAAUGAUGUGAAAUGAAAAUGGCAAGAUGCAAUAGAGGUUUUGUUUAGUUAGACUCGACUUGGACUUUGCCCCUUUCAGACUCGGACAUGACUCUGACUCGACUGGUGGACUUGAACCCAACGCUAUUUAUCGGUCAUAUUAAAUGAACAGUCAAGUACUAAGACAUACUACAAUAUGUCUGCUGGCAGCAGCACGCUUACCAGGACCAAGACUCAGUCAUCAGCUCUGUCAGUACAAAGGUGAAAGGAAACAUUUUGACCAAUUCAUCCAUUAUGGGAGUUCAUGUUUGGGAUGUAUCUGAAUAUGUCAUCCCACCCCAGGGAGAAAACUCUUUCUUUGUGUUAACAAAUAUGAUUGUCACUCCUGGCCAGACACAGAGCAGCUGUCCUGAGAUUCCAAGUGAAUUCACUAACUGUGAAUCAGACAGUGAUUGUAAAGAGGGAUUUAAUGAAAUCCGUGGCAAUGGUGUUCAGACUGGCCGAUGUGUACAAUACUCUGAUACGAUCAAAACCUGUGAGGUGGUGUCAUGGUGUCCACUUGAAAAUGACACCAUCAUUCCAAAACCUGCUCUUCUCGGUGCAGCAGAGGACUUCACAGUGCUCAUCAAAAACAACAUACAAUAUCCAAAGUUCAGUUUCAGAAAACGAAACAUUCUAAGUCACAUCAACUCCACAUACCUAAAAAACUGCACGUUUAAUCAAAAAACGGACCCACACUGUCCCAUUUUCCGUCUGGGGGACAUUGUAACCGAGGCCGGAGAAGACUUCGGCAUCAUUGCUCUUAAAGGUGGUAUUAUAGGGAUUUUCAUUGACUGGAGUUGUGACUUGGACUUCUCAGAACGCUUCUGCAUUCCCAAGUAUUCUUUCAGCAGACUGGACAACAAAAAUCCUGAAAAUAACGUUGCCCCUGGCUACAAUUUCCGAUACGCUAAAUAUUAUAAAAACAAUGAAAAUGUUGAAACACGGACAUUGAUAAAGGCCUUUGGAAUCCGCUUUGAUGUGAUAGUGUUUGGGACGGCUGGUAAAUUCCAUAUUGUGCCCACUAUUGUGAAUCUUGGGUCCACUCUUUCUUUUCUUAGCUUGGUGAAUGCGGUUUGUGACUGGUUCAUGCUUAAUUUUAUGAAGGACAGUGACUACUAUUCCAAACAUAAAUUUAUUCACCUGAACAAAAAAGGUGACUGUGUGCCACUGAGCUCCAUGGAGACCACCUCAUAUGGGACUCCAUGAUGGAAUUGGACUGGACACUUUAAGUGCACUUAAAACCAUCAACAUCAAAUAUGUCCUUGUAUUUUUCAUACACUACCAUUAAAAGUUUGGGGUUGGUAAGGUUUGUUUAUAUAUAUAUAUAUAUAUAUAUAUAUAUAUAUAAUUUUUUUUUUUUUGAAAGAAGUCUCAUAUGCUCACCAAUGCUGCAUUUAUUUGAUCCGAAAUACAGAAAAACUAUAAUAUUCUAAAAUAUUAUUACAAUUUAAAAUAACUGUGUUCUAUUUUAAUGUGUGUUAAAAUGUCAUUUGUUCCUGUGAUGGCAAAGCUGAAUUUUCAGCAUCAUUACUCCAGUCUUCAGUGUCACAUGAUCCUUCAGAAAUCAUUCUAAUAUGCUGAUUUGGUGCUCAAUUUCUUAUUAUUAUCAAUGUUG